GAAAGACCUCGGGAGCAGAAGGAAAAGCCUCCUCCGGGCAAGACUUGGCGUGCUCGGAGCCAAGGAGAAGCUGCUCCGGGGACCUCGCCCCCUCCCUUUCCCGCUGGAGAAAUUGCCGUGGAUGCGUUAUCCAAGUGGUGGUUGGGAAGAUUUGCAGCAGAAUUUUUGGUUUUCCCUCCCCCUCCUAUUCAUGCUGUUUUUUUUCCUCCUUUUUCUAUUUUCCUCCUUCCCGGGAAGUGAAUUGCGGAUGUAAGGGGACUUCACUCAUUAAUGAUGCAACCGGAUUCGUUUCAGGAUUCUGUUGCACGCGUUGAAUUUUGAAUGAAGGAGAAGAGUUCUUUUCUUUUUUUUUUAAAGAAGUGUUGAGUUCGUUGUACUUUUAAUUUUUUAUUUAAGUAUCCAAUUGUAUUAUUUUAAGAUGUAUUAAAUAUAUAUAUAUUUUAUGGUAACUUGCCCUCAAGAUAUAUGUAUAUGGGUGAAAUUGAAGACGCUUCAUUUAAGUGAGGUUACUGGUGUAUUGGAUGUUUAAUUCAGCACCGGCAUUGCAUGACAGUUGUUGGAAUAACAAGUGGUUUAUUUUUAAAACCACACCUUUUAAAGUUUAGGUUCAAAUAGGUAUAGGAAAAAGUCUAAUAACAGUUUAAAAGAAAGCCAACAGAAAUCGAAGCAAACAUGUCCGGAGAAGUGCGUUUGAGGCAGUUGGAGCAGUUUAUUUUGGAUGGGCCAGCUCAGACCAAUGGGCAGUGCUUCAGUGUGGAGACCUUACUGGAUAUACUCAUCUGCCUUUAUGAUGAAUGCAAUAAUUCUCCAUUAAGAAGAGAGAAGAACAUUCUUGAAUACCUAGAAUGGGCUAAACCAUUUACUUCGAAAGUGAAACAAAUGCGAUUACAUAGAGAAGACUUUGAAAUAUUAAAGGUGAUUGGUCGAGGUGCAUUUGGGGAGGUUGCUGUAGUAAAACUAAAAAAUGCAGAUAAAGUAUUUGCCAUGAAAAUUUUGAAUAAAUGGGAAAUGCUGAAAAGAGCUGAGACAGCAUGUUUUCGUGAAGAAAGGGACGUGUUGGUGAACGGAGACAAUAAGUGGAUUACAACUUUGCACUAUGCUUUCCAGGAUGACAAUAACUUAUACCUGGUUAUGGAUUAUUAUGUUGGUGGAGAUUUGCUUACUCUGCUCAGCAAAUUUGAAGAUAGAUUGCCUGAAGAUAUGGCUCGAUUUUACUUGGCUGAGAUGGUGAUAGCAAUUGACUCCGUUCAUCAACUACAUUAUGUACACAGAGACAUUAAACCUGACAAUAUAUUGAUGGAUAUGAAUGGACAUAUUCGGUUAGCAGAUUUUGGAUCUUGUCUGAAGCUGAUGGAAGAUGGAACGGUUCAGUCCUCGGUGGCAGUUGGAACUCCAGAUUAUAUUUCUCCUGAAAUCCUUCAAGCCAUGGAAGAUGGAAAAGGCAGAUAUGGACCUGAGUGUGACUGGUGGUCUUUGGGGGUCUGCAUGUACGAAAUGCUUUAUGGAGAAACACCAUUCUAUGCAGAAUCUCUGGUGGAGACAUAUGGAAAAAUUAUGAACCAUAAAGAGAGGUUUCAGUUUCCAGCCCAAGUGACUGAUGUUUCUGAAAAUGCUAAGGAUCUUAUUCGAAGACUCAUUUGUAGCAGAGAACAUCGACUUGGUCAAAAUGGAAUAGAAGACUUCAAGAAGCACCCAUUUUUUAAUGGCAUCGAUUGGGAUAAUAUUAGAAACUGUGAAGCCCCGUAUAUUCCAGAAGUUAGCAGUCCAACAGAUACGUCAAAUUUUGAUGUGGAUGAUGAUUGUUUAAAAAAUUCUGAAACAAUGCCCCCACCAACACAUACUGCAUUUUCUGGGCACCAUCUGCCAUUUGUUGGCUUUACAUAUACUAGUAGCUGUGUUCUUUCUGAUCGGAGCUGUUUAAGAGUUACAGCUGGCCCCACCUCAGUAGAUCUUGAUGUUAAUGUUCAGAGGACUCUAGAUAACAACUUAGCAACUGAAGCUUAUGAAAGAAGAAUUAAGCGUCUUGAACAGGAAAAACUUGAACUUAGUAGAAAGCUUCAAGAAUCAACACAGACUGUCCAAGCUCUACAGCAUUCAACUGUCGAUGGACCACUGACAGCAAGCAAAGAUUUAGAAAUAAAAAACUUAAAAGAAGAAAUUGAAAAACUAAGGAAACAAGUAGCAGAAUCAAGUCAUUUGGAACAGCAACUUGAAGAAGCUAGUUCUGUGAGACGAGAACUAGAGGACGCGUUUAGACAAAUCAAGGCUUACGAAAAACAAAUCAAAGCUUUACAACAAGAAAGGGAAGAACUAAAUAAGGAACUAGUCCAGGCUAGUGAGCGAUUAAAAAACCAAUCCAAAGAGCUGAAAGACGCACACUGUCAGAGGAAACUGGCCAUGCAGGAAUUCAUGGAGAUCAAUGAGCGACUAACAGAAUUGCACACCCAAAAACAGAAACUUGCUCGCCACGUCCGAGAUAAGGAAGAAGAGGUGGACCUGGUGAUGCAAAAAGUUGAAAGCUUAAGGCAAGAACUGCGCAGAACAGAAAGAGCCAAAAAAGAGCUGGAAGUUCAUACUGAAGCUCUAGUUGCUGAAUCAUCUAAAGACAAGAAACUACGCGAGCAGAGCGAGUAUUAUUCUAAGCAACUGGAAAAUGAAUUGGAAGGACUAAAGCAAAAACAAAUUAGUUAUUCACCAGGAGUAUGCAGCAUAGAACACCAGCAAGAGAUAACCAAACUGAAGACAGAUUUGGAAAAGAAAAGUAUCUUUUAUGAAGAAGAAUUAUCUAAAAGAGAGGGAAUACACGCAAAUGAGAUUAAAAAUCUGAAGAAAGAACUGCAUGAUUCAGAAGGCCAGCAACUGGCUCUCAACAAAGAAAUUAUGGUUUUAAAAGACAAAUUGGAAAAAACCAGGAGAGAAAGUCAAAGUGAAAGGGAAGAAUUUGAAAAUGAGUUCAAACAACAAUAUGAGCGAGAAAAAGUGUUACUAACUGAAGAAAAUAAAAAGUUGACAAGUGAACUUGAUAAGCUUACCACUUUGUAUGAAAACGUAAGUAUGCGCAACCAGCAGUUAGAAGAAGAGGUAAAAGAUCUAGCUGACAAGAAAGAAUCUGUUGCACAUUGGGAAGCCCAAAUCACAGAAAUAAUUCAAUGGGUCAGUGAUGAAAAGGAUGCCCGAGGCUAUCUUCAGGCCUUAGCUUCUAAAAUGACUGAAGAAUUGGAAGCAUUGAGAAAUUCCAGCUUGGGUACACGAGCAACUGACAUGCCAUGGAAAAUGCGUCGUUUUGCAAAACUGGACAUGUCAGCUAGACUAGAGCUGCAGUCGGCGCUGGAUGCAGAAAUAAGAGCCAAACAGGCCAUCCAAGAAGAGCUGAAUAAAGUAAAAGCAUCUAACAUCAUAACAGAAUGUAAACUAAAAGAUUCUGAGAAGAAGAAUUUGGAACUACUAGCGGAAAUUGAACAACUACUAAAGGACACCGAAGAGCUUAGAUCUGAAAAGGGUAUAGAGCACCAAGACUCACAGCAUUCUUUCUUGGCAUUUUUGAAUACGCCUACCGAUGCUCUGGAUCAAUUUGAAGAUUCCUUUUCUUCUUCUUCAUCCUCACUGAUUGAUUUUUUGGAUGACACUGAUCCUGUUGAGAACUCUUAUGUACGGAACCCGAGCAUCAAGUUUUACAACCAGUCAAGGUCCACAUCUCCUUCCACAUCUAGUGAAGCUGAGCCAGUUAAGAUUGCAGACUGUGCUCCACUUCCAGUUCACACACCAACCUUAAGGAAAAAGGGAUGCCCUGGCUCAACUGGCUUUCCACCUAAGCGCAAGACUCAUCAGUUUUUUGUAAAAUCUUUCACUUCUCCCACCAAAUGUCAUCAGUGUACCUCUUUGAUGGUGGGUUUGAUAAGACAAGGCUGUUCAUGUGAAGUGUGUGGAUUCUCCUGCCAUAUAACUUGUGUAAACAAAGCUCCAACGGCGUGUCCAGUUCCUCCUGAGCAGACAAAAGGUCCCCUGGGCAUAGACCCACAGAAAGGAAUAGGAACAGCAUAUGAAAGUCAUGUCAGGAUCCCUAAGCCAGCUGGAGUAAAGAAAGGAUGGCAGAGGGCCCUGGCUGUGGUUUGUGACUUCAAACUCUUUCUUUAUGAUAUUGCUGAAGGAAAGGCAUCUCAGCCCGGCGUUGUCAUUAGUCAAGUUCUUGACAUGAGAGAUGAAGAAUUCUCUGUGAGUUCUGUCUUGGCUUCUGAUGUUAUUCAUGCAAGUCGAAAAGAUAUACCUUGUAUAUUUAGAGUCACAGCUUCACAGCUCUCAGCACCUAAUAACAAAUGUUCGAUCCUGAUGCUGGCAGACAGUGAGAAUGAGAAGAGUAAGUGGGUAGGAGUGCUCAGUGAAUUACACAAGAUUCUGAAGAAAAACAAAUUCAGAGACCGCUCAGUCUAUGUUCCCAAAGAGGCUUAUGACAGCGCUCUGCCUCUUAUUAAAACAACCCAGGCUGCUGCAAUCAUAGAUCAUGAAAGGAUAGCUUUGGGAAAUGAAGAAGGAUUAUUUGUUGUACAUGUCACCAAAGAUGAAAUUAUUAGAGUUGGUGACAAUAAGAAGAUUCAUCAGAUUGAACUCAUUCCAAAUGAUCAGCUUGUCGCGGUGAUCUCAGGACGAAAUCGUCAUGUACGACUUUUUCCUAUGUCAGCUUUGGACGGGCGAGAGACAGAUUUUUACAAGCUGGCAGAAACUAAAGGGUGUCAAACUAUAACUUCUGGAAAAGUGCGCCAUGGAGCUCUAACAUGCCUGUGUGUGGCUAUGAAAAGGCAGGUCCUCUGUUACGAACUAUUUCAGAGCAAGACCCGUCACAGAAAAUUUAAGGAAAUUCAAGUCCCGUACAAUGUCCAAUGGAUGGCAAUCUUCAGUGAACAGCUCUGUGUGGGAUUCCAGUCAGGAUUUCUAAGAUACCCCUUGAAUGGAGAAGGAAGUCCAUGCAGUAUGCUCCAUUCAAAUGACCACACACUGUCGUUUAUUACACAUCAACCGAUGGAUGCCAUCUGCGCAGUUGAGAUCUCCAGUAAAGAAUAUCUGCUGUGUUUUAACAGCAUUGGGAUAUACACUGACUGCCAGGGCCGAAGAUCUAGACAACAGGAAUUGAUGUGGCCAGCAAAUCCUUCCUCUUGUUGUUACAAUGCACCUUAUCUCUCAGUAUACAGUGAAAAUGCAGUUGAUAUCUUUGAUGUGAACUCCAUGGAAUGGAUUCAGACUCUUCCUCUCAAAAAGGUUCGACCUUUAAACAGUGAUGGAUCAUUAAACCUUUUAGGGUUGGAGACAAUUAGAUUAAUAUAUUUCAAAAAUAAGAUGGCAGAAGGGGAUGAACUGGUAGUUCCUGAAACAUCAGAUAAUAGUCGGAAACAAAUGGUUAGAAAUAUCAAUAACAAGCGACGUUAUUCCUUCAGAGUCCCAGAGGAGGAAAGGAUGCAACAGAGGAGGGAGAUGCUACGAGAUCCAGAAAUGAGAAAUAAAUUAAUCUCUAACCCAACUAAUUUUAACCACAUAGCACACAUGGGUCCUGGAGAUGGAAUACAAAUCCUGAAAGACCUGCCUAUGCCAGGUUUCCCUUAUCCAUCCCCUCAUCAUCACUCCGGUCUGAUCUCCUCUCCGAUCAACUUUGAGCACAUCUAUCACAUGACUGUUAAUUCUGCUGAAAAAUUUCUCUCUCCUGAUUCCAUAAACCCCGAAUAUUCCCCGUCUCUACGCUCUGUCCCUGGUACACCAAGCUUUAUGACUCUGAGGAACCCUCGUCCUCAGGAAAGCCGGACAGUGUUCAGCGGCUCUGUCAGUAUUCCAUCCAUCACCAAGUCCCGCCCUGAGCCGGGCCGCUCCAUGAGUGCCAGCAGCGGCCUGUCAGCAAGGUCAUCCGCACAGAACGGCAGUGCGUUGAAGCGGGAGCUCUCUGGAGGAAGCUACAGUACAAAGCGACAGCCCAUGCCCUCCCCGUCAGAGGGCUCCUUGUCAUCCGGAGGCAUGGACCAAGGAAGCGAUGCCCCUGCCAGGGACUAUGACGGAGAGGACUCGGACUCGCCGAGGCAUUCCACAGCAUCCAACAGCUCCAACCUGAGCAGCCCCCCGAGCCCAGUCUCACCCCGAAAGACCAAAAGCCUCUCCCUGGAGAGCACGGACCGCGGGAGCUGGGACCCCUGAGCUCCGGGUGCUCCGUCCCGCACCCCUCCACUGCCUCCCCCCACCUCCAUCUCCGCCGCCCACUCGGCCAGAGCCCAGCAGCAGCAGCGGCGGGGUAGGGCGUGCAGUUGCUCACGGCGCUGGCCUGGCAGCACCACGCCCCUGGCGCACAGCAGCCGUGCAGGCCUCUUCUGCUGCGUCCGAGGCUGACGGCGGGUCAUUCCUGCGUAGAGUUGCUUUCAGUCACAUUUACUUCCCGGCCCCAAAGGUAGCUUGAGUAGGCAGACUACACAGUGUAAUGUACGAGUGAGACUAGACAGGUUUGUGUUCACAGUAGCACCUCACUGUACCCUCAGAGCGCACCUGGGAUUCCGCAGCAGGGGGACCCAGCCUGCAGAGGUCACUGCACACAUCAGCUGAUAAUUGCCGGGAAUCCCCAUGAAUCCUCACAGAUUAAAACAGUGCAUAUUUUACUACAGUACAGAGUUUAAAUAAAUACAUAAAUGUAGAAGUUAAAUGCUGAAUGUAUAUAGUCAAAAGAAGCAUCUUGUAAUCAAAGAGAUGGAUGCAUAUACGAGAGCGUUUAAUUUAAGAGAUGUAUUGUUUCUUGUCUGUUUCCCAGCUAAGUCACAUACAGGGUAGAAAGGCUUCACGCUGACACUGGGAGAGGGAAAGGGGAAACCGGGGUCCCUGCGGUGCCCUGGCCUCACACUGGGGCCCUUAGGGGACAUCCGGAGACACUGGCUUCGUUGACCGCAACCUGGGCCCCCAGAGUUGGAACAUCGGAAACGACGUGAGCAGCAGCUUCAGAGGCACGCUCACCUCCACCUGGGGCAUUUCCUUUUCUAGCGAUAGAGUUAAACCACACUUCUGUUACGUUUUGGUAUCUUCUGCAGUGCUGCACCGUCUGAUUGAGCCCUUCCAUCUAGAGGGAGUGUUGUGGCUUCUGAAAGUUCACACAAAGGUUCAUAAAAGUGCUUUUUCUCCUGGGUGACAGCAAAGUGUUUGUCCCAGGGAUGGGGGUGGCUUCUGAAAGAAGGGCCUGUUUCCUUGAGGGUAGGUAGGAAGUUCUUCAAAUGGGCCUGGCAGAAAAGGCUUUUCUUACCAAAUAAUAGGAAACCUCAAAAGCAAGGACUUGAACAGCCUUAACCAAAUACUCUUUCCUACAGCAGUGGCAAGUGGAUGGGAUGAUCCCCCCCCUCCGGGGGCGGGCCACAAUCAGGAAGUGACCCAGUGGGGCUGGUUUGACUGGAUUUACCCCCUGGCUGCAGUAUUGCCUUGUUAGUUGUGUUUCUGUUCGGAUUCCUCCUGUUCUGCUUGCCAUCAGGAAAUGAGGUGCAGAACCAAAAGAACUUAACGUUAUAAUCAUUUCACAAGUGAAGCACAUGAGCAGGGAAAGAAAAAAAUAGCUCAUGGAAGAGAAUCUGGCUCUUUUCGCCCAAGUUUCUGGAGGAAAUAGAAGCAGGAUUUUGUCCUUUUCUUAAUUUGGCUUCAAUGAAGAAAACCCUGCCGUUGCUAACCUGGGUUGCACUGAGCUCUGCACCGCCGCGAGCUCGGCGCGUCUCGUGCUGUGCACAGCAGCCCGCUGCAGGGCCCAGGCGCCCUCGUGUAUGCUCCCUUAUGGAGAAGGUUCCGAGAUUCCGCAAGGGACGAAGGGGUCUUCUGGGGGGUUACAUGCCCAGCGCUUGCAGCAGUGAACUUUAGACACUUUGAAACAUUCUGGAUCCACUGCUGCUCAGGUUUGAUUAUAUUUUAUUCUGAAUGGUCACAGUUCACAGUGUAGCUCUAAUCUCCCAAAUAGUUUUGCUUUUGGAAAAGGAGUGUCAUAUUAAAAUCCUUUUAUACACCCAAAUGUCGGGGGGAGGGGUCAGAGCUUGAAUUUGUCUUUUUUUCCAUGUGACCCUGGCGGCUGCUUAAACUUGGCAGAGGAGAGAUCCGCCAGCCCGGUGCGGGCGCUGCCCCGUCUCCAUGCCACCCUGCCCUCUGCUUUGACCUUCACCUCUCCCUUCGUUUCCCAGGCCAAGAACCAUAGGGCUCCACGCUAAGCCAUUAGUCCGUAGUUCUUCUACAAUGAGUUGUGAACUUUUGUUGCCUAUAGGUGCUUAUUUUUCAAAGUAUACUUUCAGAAUUAAAAUACACACAUACUUAAAGUGUAGGCUCCAACACAGGGAGCCCAGCACCUCCCAGCGCAGGGGAAUGAGCUGGCACCAGUGAGCAGGACUCAGUUUCCCGCGGCAAGCCUGAGCAGACUGAGUGCAGGAUUUGAAGGGAGAAGCUAGCGGGGCAGUAGUUCUUGCAGAUAUUUCCCCAAGGUAAUGAUCAUCCUGCUGGGCUUAUCCCACAUGUCAAUCUGAGGCCAUUUACCUUCAGUAGUUUCGGAAAAGAUGGAGAAUAGGUUCCAAGAAAGGGAAAAUGUAAGGGCCAUUCAGAGAGGUCAGUGACAAAGAUCACAGGGUAUGUUGUUGCUGCCUGAAGUAUUUUUUUUUAUGCAGGACAUUUUUGUAAAAUGUGUGUGGCAACAGGAAUCAGUUUCUCAGUAGAAGGAGGAAAUGCAUUAGAGGCAUUCCUGGCAUAGAGUCUCUGUGUUGAUAUUUGGUGCUAUCUAUGUCCAACCAACUUGUUACCUACUCUUGAAUUCUGGCUAAUCUUGUCAUGUGCUUUUUGGGUGUAUAAAAUUAUAUAUAUCUAUAUACAUACAUACUUCUUUUUGCCAAAACAAAGGCCUUCCUCCUUGUCAAAUGAUUGCUAAAGCAGAUUUCACUUUAGUUUUAUAUCCAUAUGGCACCCUGGACACCUGGCAACUCACGUUUUCUCCUGGGGCGUGCAGCUCUCUGGCUGUGAGAUAGAACUGAAGAGGGCCCAUCUGUUUGCUUUCCCAGCCAGUCCUUGUACCAAGGUUCAGGGGAGGAUCUGAAAUUGUCAUGUUUACAGCAGCAAUCUGCUGUAAGAUCCAGCUGGCUCAGCUUCACUGUCCUUCCAUAAUAGUUAGAAUUACGUUAUUUCAUUACCGAGUGGCCAAUCUGUUUCAGGGAAGGACCAGUUGGUUUGUGUGGGAUCUCAGGUAUCGUUAGGAGUCACAGGAGGGGGAGCAGAUGUCCCAACCCCCAGAGGCGGCAGAGGGCCACCACCCACCAUAUCCCGAGGGGCACUCGGCAGCCUGGUACCCCACUGCGGGUCACGGGGCACAGCAUGGAGGUGGAUGGGCGCGUAGAGAAGCUGCAGAACAUCUCGCUGCCCACUUGCGAACUUCUUUCCUUGUCAGGACCUUACUUGUUCCUCAGGUCCAGAGCUCCCUGUGGAGGCUGCCAGGGAAGGAGGGCCCCGCUUCCACAGUACUGGGUAGCGCUCCCUCCGCUGGGGCCACCGCCACGCAGCGUAGGCACCGCAGGGGUGGGGGACACGGAUCACCACAGAUCAACCUUGAUGUCUCAUGAAAACAAAAAUGACCUGCCUUUUUAUUUGAUAGUGCAUCAUUUAUUUUAUAAAUUUUUAGGGUUUUUUUUCUCACUGUAAUAUUAUUGUACAGUUUUGCAUGGCCUGGAUGUAAUCAUUUUUGUUUAGAAGAUAAUGCUGACCAAUAUGUGUGUAUGGAAGGGGAAAAGCUACGCUUUGGCCUCCUAUCACUUAUUUUGUUUGGUUUUAUGCCCUCUGUGUCCUAGGGAACUUUAUUAAGAGAUUCUCUGCUACCAAACAAUGAUGUGGGUUCUUUUGCACAGGAAAUAUUUAAGGUGGGAUAGUCAAAAAUGUUAACAAGACUCCUCACCAAUUAUUUUAUGUUGGUAUCACUUAAUAUUAACCAGACUUUGAUGUACCGCAAUAAAACAGGGAGCUGUUAAA